AUGGUGUGCCCAGUACAGGCUGGGCCCAGCCUUGCCAGCAUCAUGAAGAGCCCUUUUGAGGAUGCCACCACCCACAGAUGCAGCUCCAGAGAGCAGCAGGGACAUGGUGCAGCUGAGGUGCCACUGCUGCAGCAGCUCUACCACUGGGACUGCAGGCUGGCCUGCUCCAGGAUGGGGCUGCAGUACCUGAACCUGCUGAAUGAUGAUGACUUCCAGAAAGCCAUCCGGGACCUCCAGUUGACCAAAAAUAUGUGGACGAUUGACUUGGCGUACCUGAGGCAUCACUUUGGGGUGAAGCAUUGGUUCUGUACCCAAAUGCUGGGCAUGGACAAGGGCUACAAAAACCAAAAACACUUUGACACAGAGGAGAACCAAAUGUACCAGCUAUUUGCCCAAGCAAAAGCCUGCAAGGUGCUGGUGAAAAAAAAUGGUCAGAAGUGUUUCUGCAGGAGUCCUGACUACCAGGGCCAUUUCAUCAUCUUGCGUGGCUACAACAAAGCUUUGGAGUGUAUUUAUUACAACAAUCCUGUCUAUGCAGAUCAAACAUGUAGCACCAACAUCCAUAACUUUGAGGAAGCCAGGACAAAUUAUGGCAUAUCCUGUUUGUUACCAAAAUAG